GCUGCGUGUCUCCGCGGAUGGAGACGACCACGGGCGCCGCGCCGCAUCCUGCUGCGAACAUGGAGGCGACCCUGCACGGAGCCGAUGUCGCCGUGGUGGUCGUCUACCUGGCGUCAGUGCUCGGCGUUGGUCUGUGGGCUUCCAUCCGGGGUCGGCAUAAUUCGACGAGUGACUAUUUUCUCGGCGGAAGAAGCAUGCAUUGGGUUCUGGUUGGUGCGUCCCUGUUCGCUAGCAACGUAGGCACGGACCACUUCAUUGGCCUCGCUGGCUCCGGCGCUGCCACGGGGAUUGGCGUCGCUGGAUUUGAACUCAAUGCACUCUUCAUUGUGCUGCUGCUGGCCUGGGUCUUCGUGCCGGUGUACAUGGCAUCCGGUGUGUUCACAAUGCCGGAGUACCUCAGCAAACGAUUUGGUGGCCAGCGCAUUCGCAUCUACCUGUCUGUGCUUGCGCUCCUCAGCUACGUUUUCACCAAAAUAUCGGCAGACCUGUACGCUGGUGCUCUGUUUAUCCGGGAGUCUCUGCACUGGAAUCUUUACGCCUCCAUUGCUGUACUGCUGGGCAUCACAAUAAUCUCAACUGUGGGAGGUGGUCUGUCAGCCGUUCUCUGGAUUGACUUCGUCCAGGCCGUCAUCAUGGUGGCUGGCGCUUCCGUCUUAGCUGUGCUGGCUUUCGUGGAGGUUGGCGGGUAUACCGCCCUGCUGGAGAAGUUUGGCGCCCUGGCAAGAGAGGCCAACACGAGCUGCAACGCUGUGCCGAAUAACUACAUGCACUUAUUCCGAGGAGCUAAUGACCCCAGCCUUCCGUGGCCCGGCAUGACCAUCGGGCUCACCAUCAACGCCGUAUGGUACUGGUGCUCUGACCAGGUCAUCGUGCAACGGUCGCUGUCCGCCAAGAACCUGUCCCACGCCAAGGCCGGGAGCAUUUUGACUGGCUACCUGAAGACGCUGCCCCUGUUUCUGAUGGUGUUUCCUGGAAUGGCGGCACGCGUGCUGUUCCCCGAAGUUGUGGGCUGCUCCGACCCGGAGCUGUGUCAAUCCUAUUGCGGCAAUGCGCGCGGCUGCACAAACGUGGCCUAUCCGCUACUCGUGCUGCGCCUCAUGCCAGCCGGCGGAAGGGGCCUCAUGAUGUCCGUGAUGACAGCCUCGCUGGUGGCCAACUUGGCUUCCAUCUUCAACAGCGCAUCCACUCUCUUCACAAUGGACCUGUGGAACAGCAUGCGGCGUCAAAAGGCAUCCGAGCAGGAACUUAUCAUUGUUGGCAGGUGUUUCAUAGUGCUGCUGGUCGUAGUAAGCAUCCUGUGGAUCCCCGUGAUCGAGGUCUCCUCCGGCAGCCAACUGUUCGACUACAUCCAGAGCGUCAGCAGCUUCCUGGCCCCGCCUGUGUGCGCUGUCUACGUGCUGGCCAUCAGCUGGUCACGUGUCAACGAGCAAGGUGCCUUCUGGGGUCUCAUGGUUGGUCUGGCGGCUGGUCUAGGCCGCUUUGCUUGGGAAUACUCAUACGCGCUGCCCCCCUGCGGCUUCCCGGACCCUCGGCCCAAGGCAAUCACUCGCGUUCACUACCUGCACUACGGCUGCUUGCUAUUUGUAUUCACCACAGCAGUCUGCACCAUCGUCUCGCUAUUCACAGAACCCAUACCUAAAGAUAGGCUGUACCGGCUCACCUUCUGGACGGUCCACAGCACUGAACACAGGGUGGAUCUGGAGCCGCUUCCCAAGGAAGAGACCCCCGAAAGACACAGAUCGCCGGAAACAGCAUCGGUGCCUGGGGUAGCAGCUGAGAAGACAUCGUUCUGUGAGUUCUUGCUCUGGGCUUGCCGUGCUGCCGAGAGCUCCCGAGAGCCACCACCGCGCUUGAGCCCAUCCCAGGAAGCAGCCCGUGCAGCGGAGGCAGUACGCGAGGACGACGUUCCACGCAGUCUGUGCAUCGUCAACGGACUCGUACUGCUUGUCAUAGCUGGAUUUAUCAACGGCUACUACGCCUGAGGACAGCGCACGUUCUCUUUUAUCUACGCACACAUGAGGCCCUAAUGAAGCGCUUGUGUUCUUUGACGUUUCGACACUAUGUGCCUCUUCAUUAAGGCGCAUUCUUUUCUUUUUUUGCUGUGCUCCACGUGGACACGACGAGCACUCUUGCAUGGUUUAAAUUUUACAGGC